AUGCCUCUAUCCAAAACUGACCCUAAACCGGCAUACAGCGGCCUCACAAAUCCUACAACGCACUUUCAGCUUCCUACAAGACUUCCUUCCUACUCCUCUGGAUCCUCCGAGCUACUGCUCAGAGGUCCCUCUCUAAAGAAUCUACUGCACCAAAGUUCCAGCGUAUAUUCGCAAAGAAUCCCGGCAGUCCAGACGCAACGGAUCGAAGGAACAUGCUCGGCGCACAGCAGCCCUCGUAUUCCCAAGAGGGAAGCUCCUCGCUCAAAAGACACGCUGGACCUUCGCACAUCAGCCCUCAGAGACCUCCAGCUUAGAAGGAACACCAACAAAAACUGGACUUUUGGGAAAUAUCGCCAAAGGAAUGUGGACAAUGCCCAACGUUCUGACAAAUCCACUCGAGAAAACAACAGGAAUGUGGAGGGAACGGGGAACUUCCGAGGCCAACAGGAAAGAAGUGCUUCGAAAACAAAGCUGCCAGGAAGGGUGAACAUGGCGACUGUUGCUCCCUUCAGGUACAGGUGCCAGACUCAUGAGGAUCCAGAAGCCACGUUAGAGGACUUGAGCGACUGCUCAUCUGACUCCAUGGAGGUCUGCUGCGAUGAUCUCGGAGGCAUGCUUGGGAAUAGUGUGAAAGGCAGGGAAGGAGAUUUAAAGAUGGAUAGCUCCAAAGCUUACACCCAAGCAGAUGGCAAAGGACUCGGCUACGGAGCCAAGAGGGCCAAAUCUGGGGUGCCUCAGAGUACCCAACGCGGUGAACUCAAGGUUUACCGGGCAGGGAGCUCUGAGGGCAGGUUGCCGGUGGCGUCCAGCCUUCGCAAGCAGAGGUCCAUGACCAACCUGGCCGUUCUCACAGAUGCCGAGAAGAAGUUGCACCUGUACGAGCCCAAAUGGUGCGAUGACAUGGCCAAGCCCGGGGUGGGCGGUCCGAGGAAGACGGGCAAGCCGGUGGGCAGGGUGCCAGGCGGCGGUGCCCCACUUUCCCGUAACCUCUCCAAGUCAGAGCACUCUCUCUUCCAAGGAAAACCCAAGCCCUUCGCCCCUUUGGCAGCUCCCUCAGCUCCCAGCAAGCAAAGCCGUAUCCCUCGUGCUCCGUACGCAGAAGUGAAGCCCCUGAGCAAGGCCCCGGAGGAUGGAAGGUCAGAUGAUGAGAUCCUUUCCAGCAAGGCCAAGACUACUGCCAAGAAGCCAGGAGCUGGAGGGGACUCUGGCUCUAAGGGUCAGGGGGAAGAAGGUGGGGAUAAACCCUUCCUGAAGGUGGACCCUGAGCUUGUAGUGACGGUACUGGGUGACUUGGAGCAGCUGCUCUUCAGCCAGAUGUUAGAUCCCGAAUCCCAAAGGAAGCGCACUGUUCAGAAUGUCCUUGACCUCCGCCAGAAUUUGGAGGACACCAUGUCAAGUCUGCGAGGCUCUCAACUCAGCCACAGCUGCGUGGACAGCAGCAACGUGGGCUACGACAGCGAUGACACCAAUGCCCGAAGCAUGUCCAGCCUGUCCAACCGCUCCUCUCCGCUGUCUUGGCGCCACGGGCAAGCCAGCCCACGCCUCCAGGCCGGCGACGCCCCGUCUUCCGUGUCCGGUGGGUACCAGGGGGCCAAGUCCCAAUACGUUGCCCAAACCAUGCCGGCUCGCUGCUCUGGCAGCCUGAGCGGGACGUCGCGUAUGGAUCUGCUGGACGACGGCGACCUCAAGUCUGGUUACCUGAGUGACAGCGACCUGCUGGGGAAGAGUCUUCCGGAUGAUGAUGACAACCUCACUAAUGGAUGGGAUGAAAGCAGCUCCAUCAGCAGCGGGCUCAGUGACUGUGACGGCGAGGUGUCGGACAAUAUCAGCUCUGAGGAGUUCAAUGCCAGCCCCUCCCUUAACUCGCUUCCCAACACACCGCUGGGAUCCAGACGCAACUCCUCAGUCAUGCUUCGCACCGACGCUGAGAAGCGCUCCCUGGUGGAAAGCGGACUUUCCUGGUACAGCGAGGAUGGCAAGGCAGGCCGCAAGUUGGACGCCUGCGGGUACGACACGGGCAGUCUGAAGACUGAGGCGCCGAGCAAGUGGAGGAAGAAGCCGCCCGGUCUGAGCGAAGAACUGAGCUUCAAGGGGGAAGCGAGAAAGCCUCAGAGUUUGGUUGCGCCGGGGAGCUUUAAGAAGAGUCGGAAUCCUCCGGUGGGGGUCACCUCUCCCAUCACUCAUACGUCGCAGAGCAUGCUGAAAGUGGCAGCGCCAAAAAGUGACAGGCCUCAGGACAAAUCCAAGAUUUCCAUCAAAACGACCGGUCUCCAACGGUCACGUUCCGACGCCGGCCGGGAUCAUCACAUGGAGCCCCGAAAGCCCCCCUCUGGUUUAGUCAAACCCACGACUGGAGCCUCUUUUGGAUUCAAGAGAACGCCUGCUGCCACAGGGACUGCUACUGUCCUGACAGCAGGGGGUGCCACAAUCUCCGGCGGUUCCGCCACUUUGGGAAAAACUCCCAAGUCCUCAGGCAUGGCAAUGAAGCCGGUGGGGUCAGGAGUGCCUUCUGCCCGCAAGAACAGCUUUGACGCCAGCGGUGAGUCCGGCUUUCUGGGGCCCAACGCUCGGAACAGCAUCCAGUACCGCAGCCUGCCUCGACCGGCCAAGUCCAGUGCGCUCAGCGUCAUCGGUCGCCCCGCGUCCCGACCUGUCAGCGGUACUCUAGACCCCAAUCUGCUGACCCUGAAGCCUGUCAGCGUGGCCUCGGCAAGCCCGAGAUUGAAAGAACCGGGCACUUUUGGCGGCAAAAUGUCUAAUCGGUCCAUCGUAGCCCCGGUGAACCAGACUGACCGGGAGAAGGAAAAGGCCAGGGCUAAAGCUGUAUGCGCCGACAUGGAUAUAGACUGCGCUUCCCUGAAAGGGGAUCAGCUUCAGUCAGAGUCUUCGCGAGAGUCCGUGGUAAAACUGCACGGCCUGAGACGGACUAGCAGCAGCAAAUAUCCUGAACUGUCAUCGCCCACCACUCCCAGGAUGUUAGCCAAGUCACUGGGUCGUCCACCCAGUUUGGCUCACCUGGACAAGGUCAACUCCAACAGCCUGGACUCCUGUGUGACCAUUCAGGACCUUCCUCCCAAAGUCCCGCCUUUCUCCAAGCUCCAGGACCUGGCAUCUUCUCACUCUGCAGCCCGUCUGACCCCCAGUCCGGCGCCCGUGCUGCAUAUCGACUCUCCCGGCUCGUAUGCCGGUGACAGCCUUGGAGGCUCGCCCCUGUUGUAUCCGAAACUGUCAACUAUGCACCGCAGCAUGGAGUCGCUCCCCCUGCAGAUGAGUGUGCCCUCUCGAACCAGGUUUAGUUCCAAAGAGUCGCAGGAAAAGGAGAGGGGCACGGGAACGUGGGGUGCUGGGAGCAGGACGUCCCUCAACCUUACUGAAGGAUUGCAGACGGAAAGGAACACCUUGCCAAAGAAAGGCUUAGAGUAUGUUCACAAACACAGCUCGAGCCUUUCAGAAAGCGACGGCAUGAAAGCGGGUCGCCGCCACUCGCACAACUCUGCGUCGGAGCGUGACAGCCCGCCGCAGCUUCCGUCGCCCACCCGCUCGCUCCACCUCCUGUCCACCAACAAAGUUCCUCUCACCAACGUGGUUGCCCCAAUUUCUUCUUCGGGCACCCCGAGGAUAUCGCGUUCAAACAGCAUCGGACCCCCUGGUGACUGUGAGCUCUACGGUUCCUCCCCGCUGGGCAGCACCAUGUCACUGGUGGAGCGGCCUAAAAGCAUGAUGCGCUCUGGUUCUUUCCGUGAACCGACUGAAGACGGUGAGCGUUUUAAUACCUUGCACGGCUCUGUGCUCUCUUUAGCCUCCAGUGCUUCAUCCAACUACUCCUCCUCAAAUGAGGACAGGAUACAAGGGGAGCAAAUCCGCAAACUGCGCCGCGAGCUGGAAUCCUCCCAAGAAAAAGUCGCUGACUUGACCAUGCAGCUGUCCGCCAACUUAGGCCAGGCCAACUUGGUUGCCGCUUUCGAGCAGAGCCUAGCGCUGAUGACGGCUCGCCUGCAGACGUUGUCUGACUCCUCUGAACAGAAGGUUAGUGACUCCGAGCUGAACGACUUGAGGGACACCAUUGAAAUUCUGAAAACUAAAAAUGCCGAAGCCCAUGACAUCAUUCAGGGUGCUCUCAAUAGUUCCGAAAUCGUGUCCAAAGAACUGCAGAUAAAUCGUCAGAACUCAUCUGAAAGCCUCUCCAGCCUCGCUAGCAACAUGAGCCACUCAAGCAUGGGUAGUCUCAAGGAACAGGAGGCCAAGAAGAAGAAGAAGAAGAGCUGGGUAUAUGAGUUACGCAGCUCAUUUAAUAAAGCCUUCAGCAAGAAAGGCACAAAGCCGGCAGGGCCUUACGCGGACAUCGAGGAAAUCGCCACUCCGGAGUCGUCGGCUCCACCGUCACCCAAAGUCCACCAAGAUGGGACAAACCCAUCGCCGUCUUCCAUAAAAGCCUCAGCCUCAUCUUCGUCAUCGGGGAUCUGCGAGGGGAGCAAGGGUGAUGACGACAAGGUUGUGUCAGAACUGCGCUCAGAACUCUGGGAAAAGGAACGGAAACUUACCGACAUCCGACUGGAGGCUUUAAACUCCGCCCAUCAACUGGAUCAGCUGCAGGAAACCAUGACCAACAUGCAGGUGACAGUGGACAGUCUCAAGGUGGAGAACGACCAACUCAAGACAAGUGGCUUGUCCCCCUGUCAAUCUCCCGGACCCUCCAGCUCAGUUUCCCAGUCCUCAGGUCUCUCUAAUCUCACCAAUUUAUCACCGCGUCAUUCUGUGGCAAUUCGGGAGGCCAGAAGAACAAGCACAGGUACAGCUCAAACCAAGGCGUGCCAUCAUUUUUACCAGCGUCCAUGCCCGCCAUUAAAUAGUUGUUUCCUCGCGGCAGAUUCCACGGAUUACUUCAGCCUCUCCUCUCAGCGAGAUGACCACCGUGUCAGGGUGGUUGUUUGCGUGGCAGAUUUGCACGUCUUCAAAGAUGAGGUCAAGCAGCAAGACUUUUUCGUCGGGACAGUUAGGGUGAACGGCAGGAUGGACUGGCCUAUGCUAGACUCUGCCGUCAGCCAGGCCUUCAAGGUUUACAUCGCCAAGGUGGACCCCACCUCCAGUCUUGGUCUGUCAACAGACUCCAUCUACAGCUACAGCAUGGGUCACAUCAAGAGGGUUCUGGGAGGAGAGGCACCAGAGACUCAGCCUUCUCGUUGCAUGUCCCGAGGGCCCACCAGCAUCACCGUUGCCCUUAAAGGUCUAAAGGAAAAGUGUGUGGACAGCCUGGUGUUCGAGACCCUCAUACCCAAACCCAUGAUGCAGCACUACAUCAGCUUGCUGCUCAAACACCGCAGACUCAUCCUAUCAGGACCCAGCGGAACAGGCAAAACCCACUUAGCUUCGCGGCUUGCCGAGUACUUGGUGGACCGCAGUGCCCGUGAAGUCUCCGACGGCAUUGCGGUGACCUUCAACAUGCAUCGUCAGUCAUGCAAAGAUCUGCAACUGUAUCUUUCCAACUUGGCGAAUAAAAUCGACAGAGAAACCAGUUCUUCGGAAAACCCUCUGGUCAUUAUCGUGGACGAUAUUCAUGACCCGGCUGCCGUCAGCGAACUAAUCAAUGGAGCUCUGACAUGCAAAUAUCACAAAUGUCCGUACAUCAUCGGAACAAGCAAUCAGCCAGUGAAGAUGACGGCAAACCACAGCCUGCACCUCAGCUUUAGAAUGGUGACUUUCUCCAACAAUGUGGAGCCAGCCAAUGGCUUCCUGAUGCGCUACUUGCACAGGAAGCUGAUGGAAUCCGAAGACGAGCGGAACCUGACGAACGAGGACCUGGUCCGGGUGCUUGAUUGGGUCCCCAAACUGUGGUAUCACCUGCACACCUUCCUGGAAAAGCACAGCACGUCAGACUUUCUCAUAGGUCCAUGCUUUUUCUUGUCCUGUCCGGUCACGGUGGACGAGUUCCGCUCAUGGUUCAUUGACCUUUGGAACCAUUCUAUCAUUCCUUACUUGCAAGAGGGAGCCAAAGAUGGCAUCAAGUUUCACGGCCAGAAAGCGGUCUGGGAAGACCCCGUGGAGUGGGUGAGGGGCACGCUGCCUUGGCCUUCCGCCCAGCAGGACCAAGCCAAGUUGUUUCACCUGCCGCCCCCGAGCAUCGGCUCCUGUAGCCCCGGUCAGGCCGUCGAGGAGAAGUCCCGCAAGGAAACCACACCUAGCUCGGUGGAAUCUGAUCCGUUGAUGGCCAUGCUUUUGAAACUUCAGGAGGCUGCCAAUUACAUAGAAUCCCCGGAAAAAGAUGACCCAAGCCUGCCAAGACUGUGA